CAGAGAGAGAGAGACAGAGAAGCUAGCAUUCAUGCAGGCAGACAGUGCUACUAAAACACAGCCAGGGCAGACUAACAGGUGUAAAGGUGAGCACUAAGGACAGGCAGGCAGUUACUGUAGACAGGUGAGCAGUCAGAAAGGUGUAGUUAAACAGUCAUACAAGUAACCAAGCAGUGUGUUUUGUAGGCAGGCAGGGUGUCAGGUAAACAAGCAGGCAGCUCUCUCUGUCUGCUCCAGUGUAUUAGCUGGAGAAACACAGGCAGCAGCAGCAUAGAAUAAAAGCUAUUAGAGCGGCCUUUAUCCUCUGCUGCCCCCUCUUUGAGACACAGAUCGAGGCAACCACUGGGGCACUCAACCAGCUCAGCUUUGCAAGGCCAUUUGAAACGCCAGAUCCACUCCAGGAUAUUAGCCGUGACAACAUGGCGUACAGGAAGGUGUGUGAUGCCCAGGUUGGCCCAAUGGUCGGUGAGGUUCUGCACUGCUCUGGAGGUCUGGAUCUUGACUGGGACCUGGACAAGGAGGAGCUACAGGAACCUGGACCCAGCAUGGACCGCAUGCAGAUGCAACACGUAGACUGCCAGAGAUCAGGGUGUUCAGACCCUGGGCCUGACCCUGACCCAGAGCUGAUGGAACCCAUCCAGCCAUCUGUCUCAGUUUCACCACAUGGACGAUUUGAACGACUCCAGGAAGAUCCCAACUACAUCUCCCACUUCACCAGGGCUCCGGGCCAUAAAGGCCAACGGCGACUCCAUUGUUUCUUGCUCAGGUACCUCCUGGCAGGAGUGGGGCUUUUUGUCUUGGGACUCCUGAUUGGCUGGUUCACUCACACACCCACUGUAAAAACACCUGUUCCUCCAUCUGACAGCUCAGACCUGCUGGAGGAGCUGCUGAAAGGGAUCACAGCCGACAAGAUCAAUGCUCUUCAUAGGUCCUUCUCCAUCCUAUCAGAUGACAGCGAGGAAGCCAGAGCCAGAUACCUCUACAGGCAGUGGGUGGGACUUGGUUUGACUGACGUCCGUCUGUCCAAUUACACAGUUCUGCUCAGCCUUCCCGGUUCCACACCAAACACCAUUACUGACAGGUCUAGUCACCAGUGUUUCCUGCCAAAUGGCACCCCAUGCGAUCAGCGUGGACCCAAUGACCUGUCAAAGCAGCAGUUCUCUUACGCAGCCUACUCUGCUGUUGGAAGUCUGCAGGGGGAGGUGGUCGAUGUGCAGUACGCCACUGUGGACGACCUCAGGAGAGCCAAAGACAGCCUGAACCUCACCAACCAGAUUGCCGUGGUCAAGCUUGGCCAAGCACCUUUGCUGUACAAGCUAUCCCUACUGUCUGAGCUGGGUUUUGGAGGUGUUCUGCUUUACAUUGACCCGUGUGAUGCUCCCCCUGGCCGCCACACCUGGCAUCAAGCCUUCAGAGUAACUCUCAACCCUGGCGGAAACCCUGCCACCACUGAGGUGUCAAGAGAGGCUGGAGGAAGUCUGACAUCUCUGUUGGUUCAGCCCGUCUCUGCCCUCCUGGCAAAGACGUUACUGUCCUCUCCAUCCACAGGGCAGGGUGACUCCUGUAUUCCUUUAGCCAUGCCUCCCAACACAGAACGAAAGAAGAUUACUCUGACUGUUGGAAACCAGGUGUCCUACAAGAAGAUCUACAAUGUUGUGGGAUACCUGAAAGGAAGGAGGAACCCAGAUCGCUAUGUGCUGGUUGGCAGUCGUCAUGACAGCGACCAGGGAGGCGGGGCUUCAGCCAUCAUGAAUCAGCUCAUCGCAGCGCUGACAGAGCAGUCCAAAAGAGGAUGGGUGCCAGACCGUACCACUGUGUUUUGCUCAUGGGGAGGGUCAGCCCUAGGGAAUAUUGGGUCCUAUGAGUGGGGAAAGGAUAACAGUGUUGUCCUACAGAGCAGUGCAGUGGCCUACGUCAGUCUGAACUCUCCAGUCAGAGGGACAGAGACUCUGAGAGCUACAGCUUCUCCAACACUACUGCAGCUCACUUCAGAUAUACAGAGAAGACAGUUGCUGAGUUGCAUUCGUGGUGGGAACUGCCCUGGACCCAACGUCAGCUCGCUGCAGUUGCCUGGAGAUGUGAAUUUCUUCGCCAACCAGCUGGCUGUGCCCACCAUGGAGUUUGCCUUCGAGCAGACCAAAGCAGAGGAGACCACCAGUUUCCUGUCAGAAGCCCAAUUUUCUGCUGAGUCACCAGAGACCCUGGAUCCACUUUUCAAGUUCCAUGAGACCAUUGCAAAGAUGACAGCAGAAGCCAUUCUCCGUCUCGUCAAUGAUCCUGUGCUGCCAUUCUACCCUCUGGAUAUUGCCCUGGAUGUUCAGAACAAACUCAAAGACAAGAGCGUGGUAACUCAGCCCAUGCUGUCCUCAGCCUCCUCUCUGAGAGACCAUGCAGCUUUCUUCCAGUCAGAAACGAUGCGGCCUGCAAAUGACCCCAAAGAGCGCGACCCCUCCCACGUGCGGAUGCUGAAUGAUGUGCUCCGUGACCUGGAGAAGAGCUUCAUCAUCCCACAGACACUGCCUGGAGUGUACAGGAACCUGUUAUACAGCCUUCCAGGGAAGACUCCUCAGUUUUCCAUCCUCAGGUUCUCACAGGAAGCCGUCCUGCAUUGUAACGUCACCAGCAAAGCAGUCAAACACAACUCUGCAGACAAGGAAGUACUUUGCCACAGCACCAUGAACCAGUCUCUGUCUCUCAUCCUCAGGGCCAUCCGCUCAGCUGAGAGGCUGGUGUGUUUUGGCUUGGACUUGUUUGAAAAUUAUCCAAGUGACACAAUAUGAUCUUGGCCGAGACAGACCCACCAGUGACCUUGGAUGCACAUAAGAGCAAAAAACUGCCACUGAUCAAGUCCAUAAAAUUUAAAUACAUUGCAGAUAUAAAAACUAAUUGAAGCUCGAUCCAAAAUCCCAUCUGACUCAUCAUACUACAGUUUUGGAAAAGUAGAGAAUGAGAAUCCACACACUAAAUGAGUAUUAUUGCUCAACACAAAAGAGAUUCAAACUCCCACCCCAAGUGUCAUUUAUUCCCAUGAUUUCACACUUACCUAUAACCAAUAUUCAACCAAUGACAACAAUAUGCAGUCCAGAAAAUAGUGAAAAAAGUUUUUGAAUGAUUUUCAUAUCAAGGUUUGUAAAAGAGAAAAACUGUUUUUCUGAUUUAUGAAUGUAUUAAAACUAACUUGUUGCACAUUAGCUCUUAGAUAUGCAAAUAAUACUGACACAAUGGGGUUGUUAAAAUUGCACUUUACCCUCUUCCAGUGAAAGCAGACCAGAAAUAAAAGGCAUUUGAUGAUUUUUAAAUUACUACGAGUCCUUCAGGAGACACUUUCUCUGUUGUCUCAAAAACCUUUAUUCAAAUGAAUCCCAGUAAAGGAGGUUUUUAAGAAAACUAUAGCACUAAUUCCAAAAUAUUCUUACUCCCAACUCAUCACACAUCGCCGCUUGGUCUAUAUAUGAUGUGUCAGGUAUCCUGGAGGCGUCUGUCAUUGACAUUCUGGGUAAGCGUGUCAUUUUACGUUUGUUACAUGCAUUGUCUCUUUUUUAAAAUACACUUCUGUUUUCACAGGAAAUGUACAAUUUCUGCUCAUUAGAUGCAUACAGUCUUUUUCAAAGUAACUUACAUAGUUGGUAAAACACCUUGUAUUUAUGUUUAAAAACAAGCUUACGUUUAGGCUAUAAAUUAAUGUGGGUUGGUUUAGAAAAAAACAUCAUGGUUUCUGGGUGAAAGUCUGGUGUUUGUUGGACUCAUCCACCACCCCUCCCACCCGCCCUACAGGGACUUUCAAGCUGCUUAAGUUACGUUGUUGUGCCGCAGCAUUUCAAGCUGUUGUCUUCUGGCAGCAUUAUAAACUGAUGCCACCCAAUGACUUAUCAUACAACUGCGAAAGGAUGCUUUUUUGUCUAUGGCUGAUGCAGAAAUCACUGACCAAGCGGCGGUAUUUGACGACUUUGGAAUGAGAGCAGGUUGCCAAUUCAGAAAGGGUCACGUUAAAAAUAAAAAUAAAAUUUAAAAAAUAGAAAAUAUAAUUUGAAUUUGUGAUGGUAAUGAAAAUGUAAGAUUAUCUAAAUGCCUUGUCUAACAAGUUUU